AGUAUACUGCAUGGUAAUUUAGCCAAAACCCAAUUUUGUCAAAUGAUGCUUUUCACUCCAAAAAAAAAAAAAAAAAGCAAAAGCAUGAAAUCACGUGGUUUCUCACCUGAUUGUUUACUACUUGACAUUUCUAAAUAGCAAGAAAGAAAAUUGGAGAAGAGAAGCUUCACUCAUAUUCUCCCAGACCUGUUGCUUUCCUAAUGUUAAAAGCUGAAGGAGUGAGUUCUCUUGGUCGUAGACGAUCUUUGGGUUUACCUGUCGCUAGGAUACUUUGCCCUCCUCUGCUGUCCAUCGAGUCACGUCAUUGGAGAUUGAGUGAUGGAGGAAGUGCAGUUUUGCUGGAAGUUGGUUUGCUCCGUUCAGGAAAAUAUCUCAGCCGAAGUCUGAAGAACUCUGCUCGUAUUGUCGAAAACAAGUAAAAGUCGCUGUUGGUUGGAGGUAAUCAACUUUUAUCUGCGGUUUCAAAGCGCCAUACCGUCCCGUCAUGGAGUUUGGUGAAGAGUCGUCGCCCGCUCUGGCUUUUGAGAAGAACGCUUUUGAGCUCACGGUCGAAGACGUUUAUGACAUUUCGUACGUCAUCGGACGAGAUUUGUUGAAAAUAAGCAGCACGGGAGAAGAAGUGUCAGAUUUACAGUUCAGGAUCGUCCGAGUUCUGGAAAUGUUUGAAACUUUGGUCAACAAAUAUAAUUUGUCUCUGGAGGAGAUGAAAAUGGAGCGGGACAACCUGAGGAGUGAGCUGGACAGGAUCAUGAAAGACGGUUCCUCCUCCGGGCAGAGCAUACAAACAGGAGGACCAAAUCAGCUGGUGGUGGACCUGACAGACCCGAACAGACCGCGCUUCACCAUGCAGGAGCUGAAGGAAGUUCUGCAGGAGAGGAACCAGCUGAAGGCCCAGCUCAUGGUGGCUCAAGAGGAGCUGCAGUUGUAUAAGAGUGGAAUUCUGCCACAAGCGGAACCAGCCUUGGUGGAAGUGGACCUGACCCCGCCAGCAGCUAUAGAGAAUAGUCCAGCCUCAAUGAAUGAGAAGACAACUAUAGGAAAACUGUUUUCAUUCAGACGAAAAUGAGAAAAACCUGACAGAAGAAUUGACACAUCAAAGACAAACUGGAUUUGUCGCAACUGUUCACCCAUCUUUUUGUAAUGAUUUUUUUUAAUGUCUCAUUCUAACAUUUUGCACAAGCUAUUUUUAUCCUUAUCCUUUUUAGCUUUAGAGGGUAAGCAGAACUAUAAAUAUGAAAAUAAUUUAGCUCGAGAUAACUGGAAAGUAUUAUUUUACUUGUUUUAAGUCAUGUUAGAUGCACUUGCUGAAAAUUAGUUUUUACCCUUCCACCUUAUAUCGUUUGGCUUCAUUGUAAAAACUUGUUUCUCUCAAUUACAAAAAAAGUAGAUUCAAGGCAUCAUAUUUAAUAGGACUUUUCUCAACACUGACCAUGUCUCGCUAAAAUUUAAAUGCAACAAUAUUUUAUUCUUAAAUACUCAACACUCUAAAAAUGAAAUAUUGAACUUACUUAAAGUGACGUCGACUGGUUCCACCAAACCAAGUUGCUUAAACAUGAAGAAUGAUAUACAUUGUUAGACAUGUUAAAAGUAAAUAUUUCUCUUUAUAUUUAAGAAACUUGGUUUAGUGGAACCAGUUGAAAUAACUUAAAUUGAUUUUAUUUCUUACAAUGCAGCUCAGGUCAACUCAGGUCACUUACAGCACCUAGAAGUGACUCCACUUGACAGAGAAAAGCUGCCAGACAGUUAAUCACUUCCUAAAAAAAUGCUGCUCUAAGCUUACAUCUACCUGCUACAGUUCAUCUCCCAAAAAUGUAAAAACGCUUUAAAAUACUCAAGUUGCAGCUUUAACUUUCAAAAAUCUUACUUCAUAGAAAAAACAUUUUACGUUCAUUUGUGGCUUUUCUUUAUGUAAAGCCCACAUGUGUAAUGUGACACUGGCUACCUAAUAAUUUACCUAAUUUUUUAAUAAGAUGAAGGUUUCAGUAUUUGAGCCAAGGGUGUGCAGAGAUGGAGUCUUUACUCCGAUCUCCAUAGUCGUAGAGUAGCUCCUCCUCUGAUUUAAUGUCUCUGGAAGCCACCAAGAUCAAAUGAGGUUUCCCGUCGAUAGAAUGGAGCCUUGUCUGGCAGUUUCCAUUUUUACUGUGGUUCAGCAGUCUUCCAUAACGGUCAGUUUCCUUUGUAGCGUCCACGCUGUAAUGCAUAAAGAUCAGUCAGUGCAAACAGGACAGUCAUUCAUGGUUUUUAAGGCUAAGCAGAAAUAACGUCUGAUUGCACUUUUUUUUUUGUUGCAAAAGUAAACAAAAAAUACUGAUAAGAGAUGUAAUGGUAGCAAUGCUAGCAGUUUACUGUUUUUAAAUCCAUUUUGGCCCAUAUGAACUGUUAACGCUGUAAAACGGACGAAAAACAUUUAAUUCACACAAAACCGAAUAAUGAAAUUGUAAUUAAGCAGCUUUAUAUAUAUAUAUAUAUAUAUAUAUAAAUAAUUUAUAUAUAAUUUUUUUAAGUAAAUAAUUCUUUAUAUUCUGCAUUUCCCCAAAUAGGACAAUGUGAAAAAUCAACUGAAACAUGGGACAGAGAUUGACAAACAGACUGUAGUCUUGGUUAAUAUGUGUUAAAUAUCUGCAUUUAUGAUGUGUAGAGUACUUUUACAGUGGUACAGACAACAUCUGAACUUACCAGUAAGUUUUAGACUGAUACUGGAAGUAGUACAUGUAACAGCCUGUUUCAGGAUCCUUGGCAUACUCAGCCUCCCUCUUUUUAGCCUCAGUUAAGUCCAGAAGGUCACCGUGGUAUUCGACUACAAAAUCUCCCUUUUUGAAAGCCUUAACAGCAAACACUCCUCUUCCUUUUCCCUCUAUGUGUUUGACCUGAAGACAAUGAAAAGUUGAUUUGAUUUGACUGCUGUAUAAAUACAGACUUGUAAUAAACAACUCAACAGUAUGCAGCUGAUUCAAAGACAUUAAAACAUCCGAUAUUACCUGCA